AUGGCAGGCGCUUUUACAGUGGGUACUCUCCAAAACGCUCUCGGGAGCGUCAUUGGAGGAGUUGCUGGCAACUCUGGGGGGAAUUACUUUGAGAAACACACAUCCGCUGGUCUGUCAAAUAGUGCUGCAGACUACAGGACCAAGGGUGUAUCGCUCUACGAGGCAUAUGCCUCUAAAAUGAGUGCCGCGGAGGUUGUAGCUAUCAGACGAGACCUUGCGAAAGGGGAGGUUGCGUUGGAGAGACGUAACAAUCUUGACGAGGAUGGAAGUAGCAAGCCAUGGCCAUGGACCCGUUGGCGCGCAUCUCGCGCGGCAAAGGAUCACAACAGGGCUGCGUUUAGGCUGGUCAGGAAACUCUCCGAGAAAGCUCGAGUUGAAGAUCCCAAUAUACGCCCAGCAUCAGAAUCUAGUUCAACGUUAACACCGACAUCGGUUCCAACGGUAACAUCUACAGCAGGAUCAUCCGUUCCAUCAGUAACUCCGACGGCCGAGACGAACGAUCCUUUCAAAGACCCUUCACGCUGGCCCGUUCUUCCUGUACGUGAGGCAACCGAGGACACUGAAGCCCCAACUUGGACGCUCGUCUCGCCUGAUAGGAAAAAGAUCAUCCGUUUCCUGAUUCCAGAGGAUGCUGAUGUCGAUCAUGAUGCGAGCCUUGUUUACUACGAUGAUCAUCCUCCCGUCCGUGUAGACAACGAUACUCAGGAUAUUCCCUCUUCACCUGCAUCCAGCAGUAUUGACGACGAUGGAUCCGCUCCUGGCGUCUCAAUGCGACUUUCUAACAUGCCUCGCUAA